AUGUCGCGAGGAAAACAUUCACGAAGUAGUAGUAGUUCGAAUGCUAUCCAAAAGAAAAAAAGAAAAGUAACAACCGAUGGUUUAUCAGCUGAGAUGGUCACUUGUUUUGAAGAUCUUUCCAACGAGUUAAUCUACGAAGUAUUGGAAUUCGUGGAUUUCUAUGAUGUUUACCGAGCAUUUUACUCAUUGAAUAUGCGAUUUCGUCAAAUUAUUACGAAUUCGACUCUACCUAUCCAUGUCAAUCUUUCAUCGCGAUCAAAAUCAACUUUUGAAUCUUAUAACAAAGAUUGUAUUUUACCAAAUAAACAUCGAAUUCAAUCACUUCAUCUGUCCAAUCCAUGUCUAUAUGAUCACACGGCUUCACCAACGCAUAUUUUAUCGCAAUUUCUUCAUCUUCAAACACUAAUCCUCAACAAUAUCGAAGUCAAACAUCUCGCUAUACUCAUGCCUACAUUAACAUCGUUAUUUUAUCUUUCAUCCUUAUCCAUCGAUCCGAUCGAUAACGAACCAAUCAUGAAUGCCAUUUAUCCACACGUAUUUCGCCUAUCGGCAUUGAAAUACUUACGAUUAUCAAAUAAAAACUUGUCGUGCCAUGACUCUUUACCAGUUUCAAGUAACGAACAGAGUCCUAUUGAAUACUUGGUCAUCAAUGAAACUAUUUCAUUCGACUUACUAAUAUUUCUCUUAUCUCAUCUUCCUCAACUUCGUCGUUUGUCUGCUCAUAUCCGUGUACUAUACACUCUGUUACCAAAUCAAAUCAAAGCACCCUCGUUGAAAUCAAAUUAUUUGACACAUGUUUCGCUCGGACUGAAAUCAAUUACAUUCGAUCAAUUUGAGCAGCUGAUGAUCAAUGUUUUUCCUCUAGUAGAAAUCCUAUACAUCUCGAUUCCUCCAAAUACAGAUUCGGUGUUCACAGAUGCAACGAGAUGGCAACAAUUGAUUUCCUCUCAUCUUCCACAGUUACGUAUCUUUGAUUUUCUGCAUGACAAUUGGCCAAAUAAUGGUGCUUCUAAUAGCAACAGCCAUCAGUUCUCAUCGUUAUUUUGGAGCAAACGACAGUGGUUCUUCGUCGAACAGCAUUAUAAAGAAAAAUAUUUGUUUCGAACAAUCUUCUAUUCAACCAAUCCAUACAGACGAAGAGAGUAUACACUGGGUGAUGAAAAACAUGAUAUAACCGAUUCAAAUGUGCAAAUAAGACCGGUUCAACACCUUCACAUCGUUGAUGAGAAGAAUAUAAAGGAUCAUCAAUAUUUUCCAAAUGUAACUACACUUACCCUUGGCAAUGGCUUUACCACCACUGUUGCUUCUGUUGCAGCUACCCUUAGUCGUGUAGUUCCUUUGAAGAAUCUAACUCACUUGCAUUUAGAAUGUACUCAUUUUUCACUGGCAAAAGUAAUGGAACUGUUUCGUUUUACUCCUCACGUUCAUACGCUGACACUCAGUUCGUUGUCGUCCUAUGGAUUGGAUAGUGAAUCAAUGCAACAGAAUAGAGCGUUUCAAUUUAUACAUUGUACGAAUAUCGUUGCAAAUCUUACCUUGAAAGGUGUGUGCUCAAUGGACCAACUUCAAAUACUCCUUACUUUAUUUCCACGAAUGAAACAGCUGCAUAUUUGUAUUUACGCGAAAUGUCUACACUCAUUUAUACGACAUAUAUUGCAGAAAGUCAAAGAAAAGGCAAAUCGUCAUUUGUGCUUGUUAUCUUUUAGAUCAGCAGCAAAAGUAUGGAUGGAACGAACAAAAAGUUUGAUCGAUUCGAAGAGAUUACUCAAUGAUUAUGUGUUGAAAUUUGUUGUUAAGGAUUUAUAUUUAUGGUGGUAA